AUGGAUACUCCUAUGGUAAAACUCUCGGACGAGGAUCUCGAAACUGUUUACGAACCAGCAGAGGAUUCUUUCCUCUUAAUAGACGCCUUAGAGAACGAUUUGGAGACUUUGAAAGUUAUGAAACCGGUUAUGUGUUUAGAAAUUGGUAGCGGAUCCGGUAUAGUUAUAACCGCAUUGGCCAUGGCAUUGAACAAAUAUAAUCAAAGUUACUACAUAGCGGUCGACAUAAAUCCUUAUGCGUGUAAAAGUACGAAAAAAACUGGUAACAUUAAUUUGGUCAAUAUAAACGUUAUACAAAUGGAUUUAUUAAAAAACAUUCGUAACGAGCAAACUUUCGAUAUUAUCGUAUUCAAUCCGCCGUACGUAGUAACGGAGAGCGAAGAAGUUAGAGAAACAAGAUUAGUUUCUAAAACGUGGGCCGGUGGAAAUCAUGGCAGAGAAGUUAUGGAACGAGUAUUUCCGCACAUUCCUAAAUUAUUAUCGAACAUUGGAAUGUUUUAUCUAGUUGUUAUUAAAGAAAAUGAUCCGAAUUAUAUCCUAGAAACGUUAAAACGUUUCGAUAUGAUAGGCACCGUUGUGAAAGAAAGGAAAGUGAGAGGAGAACAUUUGUACGUGAUGCGUUUUACCAAAAAUACAACUACUCGUUGAAUUGGCAUUGCGAUGUACGAGUGAGAUAAAAUCGGGAGAAAAAAGAUUUGCAUUAUUCGAGUAAUGAUUUUUUCUUUUUUUUUUUUUAAUGUUGUAUAUUACAUAUAAUAAACGUUGUAAAUACUUCUGUAUAAUUUAUGUUACACACACUACGAUCUAAACUUUUGUCUUUAUCGUUUACCCAUUUUUACUAUCAUAAAGGAAUGACAAAACUGACGUGUA